AUGGUAGAUCUGACAAAGGAACCGCUCAGCACACACGAGUUAUCCCGCAUGAAAUUGAUUGCUUCGUCGCCUAGGGAGUCAGUUAUGUCAUCUCCAUGGUCCAUCCAACGACAAUCUGUCACAUCCACGGUCGUCCCCACUUCAGCAGGCGAGGGACAUGAAGCAUCUGCAGAAGCUUUCUUGAGCAUUGGCUUUGUGACACCUCCUGGCACGCCUCGUCAAUCGAUAUUUGGGCAGCCAAGGAAAUCACACAUAGAGCACAAUGAAAGAUCCAAGCCAGUGGUACCUGUUGAAGUCGUGCCCGAUCUUAAGCGCAUUGGUUUAGGACGUAUUCGCGGACCAAGGCCGCCCCCAAAAGCCUUCUCUCUUGUCGCGACCAUGUCAAAGCUACCAGAGGUCAAACCUUUGAAGAUACGUGGGAAGAAAAGCAUAGAUUCACAAUCAUCGCAUUCCGGUCCAGGAGAUCAAUAA